CUGGUUUGUGAUGUGAACGGCGCUAACUGCUUUGUUUUUAUCUCCGGAGGCUACAGAAAGGGCUGAGCCUCUUCCAGGAAGUACUCCCUGCCCGAGCUCCAGCAACACCAAGAUACGGCCAGCGGCCCCGCAAGGUCAGGGUUUUGAUCAACCUGAUAACGCUAACGCACGUUUGAUUAGGGCUUGUGUAACGGAAGCCUGUGUGCAUAGGUCUCGCUUAUUUACCUCCCGCAGAGACCUGCAGAACUCUCGCUAACGGUAGCUCACAGACCUAAAGAUCCAUCAUGAAUUUCAUCCUGGAAACCCUCCAAGUCCUCCUGAUGUCCAUCUGGUACAAUUUAGAAUCCUUUGUCCACCUGUUUGUGCCCAGGAGGAGGAAGAACAUUGAAGGAGAGGUGGUUCUGAUCUCAGGGGCAGGCAGCGGGAUCGGUCGCCUCAUGGCUCAGGAGUUUGCGGCUCUCAACACUGUGCUGGUGCUGUGGGAUAUUAACCAGGAGGGGAUGAAGGAGACGGCCAGACUGGCUAAAGAGAGCGGAGCCAGCAGAGUGCACUACUAUCUGUGCGACUGCAGCGACAAGAACGAGGUCUACAGAGUGGCAGACCAGGUGAAGCGGGAGGUGGGAGACGUCAGCAUUCUGGUGAACAAUGCUGGCAUCGUGACGGGGAAGAAGUUCAUGGAUUCUCCUGAUUCCCUGAUUGAGAAGACAAUGGAGGUCAACACCAUGGCUCACUUCUGGACCUACAAGGCCUUCCUUCCCGCCAUGAUUGCCAACAAUCACGGCCAUCUUGUCAGCAUUGCUAGUUCUGCCGGACUCAUAUCCUGCAACGGAUUAGCAGACUACUGUGCCAGUAAAUUUGCUGCAGUAGGUUUUGCAGAGUCUGUAGGUCUGGAGCUGCUGGCCACUGGGAAAGAUGGCGUCAAGACCACCAUUGUGUGCCCAUACUUCAUCAACACGGGAAUGUUCGAUGGAUGUCAAACUAAGUGGCCAACAAUGCUGCCUAUCCUGGAUCCGAACUAUGUAGCCAAGAAGAUCAUCACGGCUGUGCUCACAGACCAGGUGUUCCUGCUCCUGCCCAAGACAAUGUACCUCAUCACCGCUCUCAAGACCCUCCUCCCUGUGAAGCAGGGCAUCAUGCUGGGCCAAUACAUGGGAGCCUUCAACCUCAUGGACCACUUCAAGGGGCGUGCCAUCAAGAAGCAGGAGUGAACAAAGAGAAGGGACGAUGAGAAGUCGGGAGACAAGGGAGCAUUACAGGCAUCAAAGCUCAUUCAAUCUUAAUGCUCCCAGUGUUUGAAAUAAUAGAGGUGAUAAUGUUGGUCCUCUUAUUUAAAUUGAACAGAAUAUCUCACUGUAUAAUCCAUUUUUUAAGCUCAUAUCCUUGACGUACUUGUUUUGUGAUUAUAGUUAGUGAAAUUCAAAUGUAAUCUUAUUAACGGUAAUUGAAUACUGCUCAGAAAGUUCAGCCAGCCAGUGCCCUUACACAACUCCUAAGGAUAUAACGACAAGUCAGAAAGACAGGAAACAUGGGUCCAAAGUCAAGUGUGAUGUUUUCUAAAAUUCCCUAACCUGCUGUAGCCACAAGCCACAGCUCAGCAGCUAACAGGAGGAAACAAUACAGAUUGUUUUUUCUGCUGUAAGAGAAGCAUCGCUGCUGUCUUCUCUUCAUGAGUGGAAAACAGCUGGGCUCAUAUAUCUCUUAACAUUCUAAGAAAUAUGAGUAAUAUGCAAUGCAAUCUCUAUCACUACUAUGUGCUCGGAAGCAGUGAAAUCUAAAGUGUACAAAUAUCAAUAUACACUUAUUACAUAGACAUUUAAUAUGGCAUAAUGCCAUAUAAGCACAUGCGUGAAAGUAUCACAUCUCAGUUUAGAUCUGGCUCAGUCUAAAUCAUUUCACCUUAAAAAGCAAUUACUCUUACUCAGGAACAGCGAACCCUGCCUCAGGGUUUAAAUGUGGUACCUCAGCUGCUACAUAGGGGACACAUCUUCCCCUACUGACUGCUCAGGCAUUAGCUGCAACUAACUAGCAGCGCAUUAGCAUGCUACAGCUAGCCGCAGGGCGUGGAGCCCGCUCUGCUUUUUCUUCUUCUUCCCAUUUAUUCAUGAAAGCCGGGAGAGCACAGCAUGUGAACACACCGUUAAACCUUCACUGCGUCUUAUCUCCAGACCAGUAACCCUGCUGGUGCUUCAUAUACAUAUAAAACUAUGUAACAUAAGGUGUGUGUGUGUGGUCAGGAAGUGUGUGUUCGUACAGUACCGGUCUCAUUGCUAUGUUCAGCAGGCACACACAUGUUCUUGUUUCCAGUGGAUGUAAUCAUUGUUGAAGAAUAUGCAUGUUUUUUGCACCUAAAAAUGUCCUUAUUUACACAUGAAUUGUCCUAUCGUUACAAUUAUAUUGUAAAAAUUAUAAUAAUUAUAUCUAUCAUGCGUCAACCUUUGUCUGAAAUGAACAAUGAGUCAUGUUUUAUAUGUAACAGUAGUUGAAGCUUUUAUAUUGAAGAACCUGUGUAAAGUCAUCCUAGCUGUUGUUUUAUCUAAAUUGAAGUUAUUGAAAUGAAGAAUGCACCUGUUGCCUUAAUCCUGCAAACAGUGAAGGACAUGUCAGGAAGCCAGAGAGAUGCGUCUAAAGAAGGGUUGAAGUCAGAACCGUCUCUCAGUUUGAGUGUUUAACAAAUUAUUAUCAAUAAAUAACCAUGUUUAAGUUUA